AUGUUUGCGCUUAUCGCGGCGGCCUUUGGGCUCUCCACCAUUGCCUUUGCCGCACCACUCUCCGUCAACACCACGACUGAAAGCUAUACCUUUCACGUCGUCAUGGGCACAAACAAUGAUAGCAACUUCCAGUUGAGGCUACGGGAAAACCAAUAUGAUGUUGAGCAGGGAUUCCCAGCCGGAUCCUUCCACUACGUCGGCGUAGAUGCCGCUGAUGCGGUCUUGGCUGCCAAGUUGAAGGACGGAGUCUUGUACAGCCAAGGCCGCAAUGCCGACGGCAGCUUCUACGAUCUCGGGCCCACUGGCUUCAUCAACCUCAAAGAAAGCGUCGGCACCUCGUCAUCCUAUUUGUUCAGCUUUGCCAAUGCCACCAUUUACCCGCCUGCAGUCGACGCGGGGUGGCUGCUGAACUCCCCCGAUGGUGGUGAUACAUAUGAGCUGUUUUACACGGAGCCGGAGGAGGUUAUCAACGGCUGGCGGCUGUGCAUAGCGGAUUUCGAUCUCGAUUACGGCGCGUGGUCUUAUGUGGAGUAUUUCACUUAUACGGGAACUCCUUCGUACGACUCCAACUGUGUGCCGGCUGCUAUCAAAGCAACUGUUGCGAAAUGA